GAGAUGCGGCUGCUGGCGCUGGCGGCGGCCGUGCUGCUGGCGCGGGCUCCGGCCCCGGAGGUCUGUGGGGCUCUCAAUGUCACCGUGUCCCCGGGGCCCGUGGUUGACUACCUGGAGGGGGAAAAUGCCACCCUGCUCUGCCACGUCUCCCAGAAGAGGCGGAAGGACAGCUUGCUGGCCGUGCGCUGGUUCCUGGCGCGCCCCGGCGCCCCGGAGGCCCUGAUGGUGAAGAUGACCAAGCUCAGGGCGGUGCAGUACUACGGGAACUUCAGCCGCAGCGCCUACCGGCACAGGCUGCGCCUCCUGGAGGAGAGGCGCGGGGUGCUCUACGCUCUCUCUAUUUCCACCCUCCGGCCGGCGGAUCAAGGGCAUUAUGUCUGCAAAGUCCAGGAGAUCAGCAAGCACAAGAAUAAGUGGACGGCCUGGUCCAAUGGCUCCUCGGAGACAGAAAUGAGAGUGACUCCCCUCACAGCUUCCGAAGACUCAUCCUUGGAAAAAAAGAAAGACACUUGGGCAUUUUUUGCAGAUCUCCACGCGUACGCGGUGCUGCUGUGCUGUGCGGGGAUUCUCAGCGUCCUGCUCUUCACCGUGGCCGUCGCGUGGCAGUCGGUGCUCGGCAAGAGGAAACCCAGAGUGAGACAUUAUUUGGUAAAAUGCCCUCAGAACAGCUCUGGGGAGACUGUCACCAGCGUGACCAGCCUGGCCCCACUGCAGCCCAAGAAGGGCAAGAGGCGAAAGGAGAAGGUGGACGUCCCUCCCGCUGUCCCUGCCAAAGCUCCCAUCGCCGCCUCGUUCCACAAACCGAAGCUGCUGAAACCGCAGAGGAAAGUCGCCCUGCCGCAGAUCACCGAGGAGAGCCUGACCUACGCGGAGCUGGAGCUGACCAAAGCCCCGCAGGCCGCCAAGGGCGCGCCCACCAGCACCGUCUACGCCCAGAUCCUGUUCGAGGAGAACGCGCUGUAGCCCCGCCCCUCCCGGCCCUAUUUAAUUCUGCCGUCCCAUU